AUGGCUGGAAAACUUACUUUAACUUUAGUACUUGUAGUGCUUAUGGCAGUUAUUGCUGCUUCUCAAGGACCUCCUGGACGUGGACCUCCUCAGGGUAGACCUCAGGGUAGACCUCAGGGUGGACCACCACAGGGCGGACCACCACAGGGUGGACCUCCACAGCGUGGACCACCACAGGGUGGACCACCACAGGGUGGACCACCACAGCGUGGACCACCACAGGGUGGACCUCAGGGUGGACCCGGUGGAGCACGAGGACCACCACCUCCCCCCGGACGUGGACCUGGUGGCCCCAAUGGACCAAAACCUAAACCAUCAACAACUGCAGCACCUGAGACAGCGACAGCAACAUCAACUGCAGCUCCAGCAGUAUCAUCAACUGCAGCAGCUGAGGUUGUAUCAUCAACUGCAGCUCCAGCAGUAUCAUCAACUGCAGCAGCUGAGGUUGUAUCAUCAACUGCAGCUCCAGAAAUAACAUCAACAUCAACUGCAGCUCCAGAAAUAACAUCAACAUCAACUGAAGCUCCAGAAAUAACUUCAACAUCUGAAGCUCCAGCCACAAAAUAA